AUGUACGCAUUGGUGAGAGCUUUAAAGACAUGCCAACACUAUCUUUGGCCCAAAGAGUUUAUGAUUCACACGAAUCAUGAGUCAUUGAAGCUUUUGAAGGGGCAAAAUAAGCUUAAUAAAUGCCAUGCUAAAUGGAGUGAGUUCAUUGAGUCCUUUCCAUAUGUGAUCAAAUACAAGCACGGUAAAGAUAAUGUUGUUGCGGAUGCGUUAUCUCGAAGGUAUGCACUUCUUUCUACUUUGAAUGCCAAAUUCCUUGGUUUUGAGCAUAUCAAAGAAAUUUAUGAGCAUGACUCUGAUUUUGUCAAUGUGUUUAAUGCUUGUGAAAAAGUUAGGGAAGCUCAUGAGGGUGGUUUAAUGGGACACUAUGGAAAUGCUAAGACUUUAGAUGUUUUGCACGAUGAGAAGGGUGUCAAUGGUAAUUAUAAGGGUGGAAACAAGGCUGCCUAUGAUGGUGCAAAGGGGAAGGAUGUUUCAGUUUCUAAAGGGAUGCUAAAAUGA